AUGAAGCAGCGUCGCGUUCCCGUGUGUGAGUAAAGCGUAUUUGUACACAGCAGAGCUGCAGAGGAGCUUAUUUUGCUCUGUAUCGUCAUUCAGCUCGUCAGAAACACAAAUUCAGACAAUACAGAGAAACUCCUGCUGAAGCGACUGAGCUCCACUAUUAUAAAGAUGGCCUUUAUUAAAGAGGAGAGUGAAGACCUGAAGAUUGAGCAAGUGUUCACGUUGAAGAAAGAAGAACCUGAGGAGCUAACAGAGCUGAAGCCACCAAAGGUGGAGGAUGAAGAUGAGGAUGAGUUUGAUCUGAUGACUAUAGUCGAGUCUAUACGGGCUGAAAGGACUGCUGAAAGAGACGAAACUACAAGCAUCUUCACCUGCCAGGUGUGUGCAAUGAGCUUCAGUGAACAAUCAGACUUCGACGCUCACAUCGCAGAUUAUAAUAAAAAAAGACCCUACACCUGCUGUCAGUGUGGGAAGGAGUUCAGGCAAAUUGGAAGCCUUGUCACGCACAAGAAGUUCCACACCGGAGAGAUGUCCUUGACCUGCAAAGUGUGUGGAAAGAGCUUCUCAUCAAUAUACAGUGUCAAGUCUCACCUGAGAACUCACACCGGAGAAAGGCCGUACAAGUGCUCUCACUGUGGGAAGGCUUUCAUAAGCAGUGGAGCCCGAUGUGCCCACAUCAGAAUUCACACCGGAGAAAAGCCCUUCAAGUGCUCGCUGUGUGGAAAGUCUUUCACCUAUAGAUCAGCCCUUGCCUCGCACAAGACAGUUCACACCGGUGAGAAACCCUUCAAGUGCUCGCUGUGUGGAAGGUCUUUCACCUAUAGAUCAGCCCUUGCCUCGCACAAAAUAGUUCACACCGGAGUGACAUCCUUCAGCUGUAAAGUGUGCGGAAAGAGCUUCGCAUUUAAUUGUAAUCUUGAGCGUCACAUUAAUGUUCACACUAAAAAAAAAAAAAAUAAGUGUAAAGAGUGUGGAAGGAGGUACACUAGCAAAGGCGCCCUAACUCAACACCAGAGGUUCAAUCACACAGCAUAAGGGUCUUCCAUGUGGAAACAGCUUCAGGAACUGGCAAACUCUAAGAAACACUCUGGAGUUAGAGUUGAACACUGAGGACUGUGCAUCCACAGAUAUUUCACACGGCAUCUGAAGCAUCAGGAACAAAAUGAAUGUAGAAGGUGGAAACCCCGUUCUGAUGAUGAACUUCUGUAUGGAUUGGUGGUCCAAGUCCCUAACCAUUAGGCGACAACCUGAAACCCACAACUACAACAACUUGAGAGGCGCUGCAUAGAGGAUUCAAAUCAGCUUUCUGUAGAUCAGUUUUGUGGGCAGUCACUGGGAUCCUGUUUUAUCCUCAGGAAAUUAAAGAAAGGAGAGACUCGUUGUGUUUAUUUCACUCCAGCAUGACGGUGGACACUCUACACUACACACACUUCUGUCCACACAUGUUUAUUUUGCAUCAUAAGAGCCCUUUAAUAAAAAUCUGCUGAUAGUUGUGCA